CGCAGAGCUCUCCUCUGGUCCGGUCGAGGAGUUCCCGGCAGACACCGCGCCGCGGCUGCGCAGAAGUGGGGAGGCUUUUAAUUCCAUUGUGGAGAGGACGGCGUUAUUUUUAUUAACUGGAGGCGACGGCGGCUGCGGCGGCGGCGGAACCCCCAGGCCUCCUCCGGGGUAUGAAAAUCGGCAGCGGGUUCCUCAGCGGCGGCGGCGGUCCCGGCAGUAGCGGUGGUAGCGGCUCCAGCGGCAGCUCCGGCAGCGGCGGCAGCAGGAGAGCUGAGAUGGAGCCCACCUUCCCCCAGAGUAUGGUUAUGUUCAACCACCGGCUCCCCCCGGUCACCAGCUUCACCCGGCCUGCGGGGACGGCCGCCCCUCCCCCGCAGUGCGUGUUAUCCUCCUCUACCUCCGCAGCCCCGGCCGCUGAGCCCCCCCCUCCACCAGCCCCGGACAUGACUUUCAAGAAGGAGCCGGCGGCGUCAGCCGCGGCCUUCCCUUCGCAGAGGACCUCCUGGGGAUUCUUGCAGUCCUUGGUGAGCAUCAAGCAGGAGAAACCUGCGGAUCCUGAGGAGCAGCAGUCCCACCACCAUCAUCACCACCACCACUAUGGGGGGCUGUUCGCUGGGGCUGAAGAGAGAUCACCAGGCCUAGGAGGAGGGGAAGGGGGGAGCCACGGCGUCAUCCAAGACCUCAGUAUUCUCCACCAGCAUGUCCAGCAGCAACCAGCCCAGCAUCACCGCGAUGUAUUACUGAGCAGCAGCGGUAGCAGGACUGAUGACCAUGGCAACGAGGAGCCAAAGCAGGACACUAACGUCAAAAAGGCAAAGAGGCCAAAGCCAGAAUCUCAGGGAAUCAAAGCCAAGAGGAAGCCAAGUGCAUCUUCCAAACCUUUGGUUGGAGAGGGAGAAGGUGCCGUCCUGUCCCCAAGUCAGAAACCUCAUAUCUGUGAUCACUGUAGUGCUGCUUUCAGGAGCUCCUACCACCUGCGGAGACAUGUCCUCAUUCACACAGGAGAAAGGCCGUUCCAGUGCAGCCAGUGUAGUAUGGGUUUCAUUCAGAAAUACCUACUGCAGAGACACGAGAAAAUUCACAGCAGAGAGAAGCCCUUUGGGUGCGAUCAGUGCAGCAUGAAGUUUAUUCAGAAGUACCAUAUGGAGAGACACAAGAGGACACAUAGUGGAGAAAAGCCAUAUAAGUGUGACACUUGCCAACAGUAUUUUUCAAGGACUGACAGAUUGUUGAAGCACAGGCGCACGUGUGGUGAAGCCAUAGCAAAAGGGGCCGCUAGUGCAGAACCUGGGUCAUCAAACCAUAAUAAUAUGGGUAAUCUGGCUGUGUUGUCUCAGGGAAAUACAAGUUCUUCACGGAGAAAAUCGAAGUCAAAAAGCAUAGCUGUUGAAAAUAAGGAACACAAGACUGGCAAAACAAACGAAUCACAGAUGUCAAACAAUAUAAACAUGCAGAGUUACUCAGUAGAAAUGCCUACUGUGUCCACCAGUGGCGGCAUCAUCGGCACGGGGCUCGAUGAGCUACAGAAAAGGGUGCCAAAACUGAUCUUUAAGAAAGGAAGCAGAAAGAAUACAGAUAAAAGCUACCUUAAUUUUGUGUCACCGUUACCAGAUGUAGCUGGGCAGAAAUCCUUGUCUGGUAAACCAAGUGGCUCGCUUGGCAUCGUAUCGAACAAUAGCGUGGAGACCAUUAGUCUUCUCCAAAGUGCAAGCGGCAAACCAGGCCCGAUAAGUAGUAAUUAUGAUGAUGCCAUGCAGUUCUCAAAGAAGAGAAGAUACUUACCAACUGCCAGCAGCAACAGUGCCUUUUCUAUCAAUGUAGGACACAUGGUCUCCCAGCAGUCAGUCAUUCAGUCUGCAGGGGUCAGUGUUUUGGACAAUGAGGCGCCAUUGUCACUUAUUGACUCCUCAGCUCUAAAUGCUGAAAUUAAGUCUUGUCACGACAAGUCUGGAAUUCCUGAUGAGGUUCUACAAAGUAUUUUGGAUCAGUACUCUAGCAAGUCAGAACCACAGAAGGAGGAUCCCUUCAACUUAACAGAACCACGAGUGGAUUUACACACCUCAGGAGAACACUCUGAAUUGGUUCAAGAAGAGCAUUUGAGCCCAGGCACCCAGACACCUUCAAAUGACAAAGCAAGCGUGUUGCAGGAGUACUCCAAAUACCUCCAGCAGGCUUUUGAGAAGUCCACGAAUGCAGGUUUUACCCUCGGACAUGGUUUCCAGUUUGUCAGCUUAUCUUCACCUCUCCACAACCACACUUUGUUUCCAGAAAAACAGAUAUACACUACAUCUCCUUUGGAGUGUGGUUUUGGCCAAUCUGUUACCUCAGUGUUGCCAUCUUCAUUGCCAAAGCCUCCUUUUGGGAUGUUGUUUGGAUCUCAACCAGGUCUUUAUUUAUCUGCUUUGGAUGCUACACAUCAGCAGUUGACACCUUCCCAGGAGCUGGAUGAUCUGAUAGAUUCUCAGAAGAACUUAGAGACAUCAUCAGCCUUCCAGUCCUCAUCUCAGAAAUUGACUAGCCAGAAGGAACAACAGAAAAAUUUAGAGUCCUCAACAAGCUUUCAGAUUCCAUCUCAGGAGUUAGCUAGCCAGAUUGAUCCUCAGAAAGACAUAGAGCCUAGAACAACGUACCAGAUUGAGAACUUUGCACAAGCAUUCGGUUCUCAGUUUAAGUCGGGCAGCAGGGUGCCAAUGACCUUUAUCACUAACUCUAAUGGAGAAGUGGACCAUAGAGUAAGGACUUCAGUGUCAGAUUUCUCAGGGUAUACAAAUAUGAUGUCUGAUGUAAGUGAGCCAUGUAGUACAAGAGUAAAGACACCCACCAGCCAGAGUUACAGGUAAGGUCUCGAGAGUGACCAGGCUGGGAGUCUAAUGUAAUUUUGUUUUAUUUUGAGAACACUGCCAUUGGAAUGUUUCUACACGAUCCUAUUAAGAAUAAUGUAAUGCCCUUUCAAUGCAACUUUUCAUAUUUAGUUUAUUUUGUUAGUGUGAUUUUAGCUCUGUUUGUAUUAUGAUUUUUAAUCAAAAUCAAUAGAUUAAAAAUAGUUUGACAUUCAAAGUGACAAUGUUUAGCAAUCAAAUUUACAUGUACAGAUUGUCAGGGAAUAGCCCAAAAGUUUUAAAUGCAAAAACAAAAAAAUUUUAAAAAAGCAAAAAAAGUACAGAAAAAAAAGAAAAGAAAAAAGGAAAAAAAAAAGAAACUUUGUUGCUAGGAUUAAGGUUAUUCUAAUUGCUUUACUCUCAGGAAAGUGUAAUAACGCAUGGGAAUUCUGUACGUUAUCACCGUAAUGGAAUAUCCAAUUUACAAAUAGUAUGAUACACAUUUCAUUGUUUAAGUUAAGGGAUCUUAAACAUUUCAAAUUGCUCUUUCUGGGCUGAUAGAAUAUACAUUUCAUCAUUUAAGUAAGGGAUCGAAAACAUUUCAAGUGCUAUCUCCAUCUGGGCUGAUCCAAAAUUCUGAGAUUGUUGGCUACCUAUAUUUUGUUGCAGCUUUUUAAUGUACUCCAAACUUCCAAACCCAGAUUCAUUCCAGCUUGGUAGAACAAAUAUUCUUAGAUCUUUGAUCAAAGCCUGGAAUGGUAGCUUUAAUAAAAGAAGAGGAAAAAACACCCUCUUUAUCCACCCGUAAUGAGGCUGUAAUUCCAUUAAGUGAUUCUGUGAAUGUCUAUCUAGUACAGUGUUAAAACCCAAGUGGUUGGUUGGUUUCAGUAUUAGUAAGUUCAAUUCACAUAAUCUAUUGAAAUUUGGGGUAUGCAUUAUUCAUUAUACAUGGCCAAAAGCAUUCUCUCAUUCAUGCAAUUACGUACCACCUUCACUUCUGGUUUUUGGUACUUGUUCUUAACUUCCUCUUAAAGUUCUGGGCCUUCUUGUUCCUUCUCCCUGUCUUGAUGGUUUCAAUUUUAGAGUGAUUUAUCAUCUAGUAGAUGAUUGAUUAUGCAUUUUAUAUGUCUUAUGGCAUUCAAAUACUAAACAAUAGGGUGAACAUCCCUGACUUUUUUUUUAAACCCAAUAUAGACUUCCAUGUACAAGCUAUAGAUGUCAAAGGGUUGUAAUCCCACCUGGUGGCAUAGCUUGUGUAACAGAUAAGAGUGUAUAUUUAGUAAUGACAUCAGAACUCUUUGUGAAAUUGCAGCCUUUAAUGUACAUUUUGAAGGGGUGUAUUAGUCAGUAUUGUACAGGGAUCUUGUAAAGUCAUCAAAACUUGCUAUGAACGCUAAUUGCCAUUUGCAGCUACUGAUAUGCAGUGGCUCUGCUCUAAACCACUCUUUAGCAAUUGUAUUUUUUUCCUGAUUAUAUUUUUUAAUGUACUUUGAUGUUUAUGCUGAUGAGUUUUAUGUACUUUUGGUGGUGUUUAGUCUUAUGAACUCUUCUGACGUCAGGAAAGUACCACUGGUAGUUUGCAGUCUCAUUGUGUAACCAGCCUACCACAGGCUUCCAUGUAUAAUAAAGUAAUUAAUACUGUGCAAGUGUAAAACACUUCUGUUAUAAAAGCAGUGUUUGGAAAAUAAGAAAUUAUUAAAAAUGGUUACAAAAUACUAGUUAAUUCCCUUUUCCCACCUCCCACCUUUUAGCUUUAGUUAGCUAAAGGGUACCAACUUGUCAUUGAAAGAUUUUUAGAAAAGUGUUUAAUUCUUUUAAUACACUCAGUACUAAAAUGUCUGUAUGUCUUAUUAAGUGCAGUAAGUUCUAUUGGGUACAGAGACAAGUGUGAUCAAAGAUGGAGAGGACCUUUACCCCUGUAUCUCUUAAGCUGUAUGAUUUCUCUCUCUCUUUUGUUUUAUACAGGUUUUGAAUUUCUUUAACUUUUAUUGUGUGUACUGAAUACUACAUAUGUAUUAUUCUGAUUGUUUGCUCUAGUUUACUACCAAUAAAAGUCCUGUUAAUCACAACAUUGAAGAAAGGAGAUAUCACUUAGUCUCUGUGGAUCACAUUUCGUAAAAUAUUCACGUUAAUGCUAUAAAUUGUAAUUUAGGAGCUUGCAUUUUUAUUGUAUUUAUAAUGUAUUGUCUUUCUAGGUUUAUUUAAAUGCAUUGAAUAUUUUGUUUGAGGUGCACAAUAAUAUAAAGAAUAGAAAUCUAAUGUAAAUUACAUUAUGUUGAAACUAGACUAACCCUCCUAAAUAUUAGGGAGAUUAUUUAUAGAGAUUUUAUUUAAAAUCAUAUCGAUAAUUUUUUGGCUUAAGGUGUUAUAUAUCCUUUUGCCUCAAAGGGUUAUAAUAAAAUUACAGAAUGAUGGAUUAAAAUGGUCUUGAGCAUUUUUAGUUUAAAAAAAAAAGCUAAAUUGUAGUUAAAAGGUUAAGAAAUUGAGAUCAUAGGUUAAUUAGAAGGAAAGGUGAGAUCGUGAUAUAGAUGUAGUAAAGGUGUUUGAAGUAACUUAAAAGACAGAAGCUGACCGUGAUGACACGUGCCAUUUGUCCCAGGACUAAGGAGGCAAAGGCAGGUGAAUCUCAAGGCCACACUGACCUACAGAGUAGGUUUCAAGCCAGCCACAGCACAGUGAAACCUUACCUUGUCUUAAAAAAAUUUCUUUUUUAACUUCUCUUGAUGUUAAAGAAAACUGCUUUGAGAUUUAAGUCUACAAAUAUUGAUGGAAUAGGAGUGAGAACACAGAAGGGUAGACUACAGAUUGUAUAUGUGCACUAUACGUAAUUGGUAGUAAAUGUACGCAUGGGCCUGUUCAUUAGAACAUAGUAUAGUUUGUCUCCCCAUAGUUACUCCCACACUUGCUUGUUUCAUGGAGUCAAGUGCCUAAGGGAAGUUUCUUGCAGUCUGCUAUGACUCCAGUUACUUGAUCCUCUGAACAGCUUGUUUCUCCAGAGUAGCUGAAGCAGAUAAGAAUUUUCAAAACCCACUUGCCUGCCUUUUGUUUUGUUUUUUGUUUUUUGUUUUUUUUUAUGGACAGUAUAUGAAUUGAUUAACAUCCUUUGUUUUUAAGACAUCAUAGAGUUUGGCCUAUGAAUACAGGUAGUCCAGUGGAUAGAGGUCUUGCCCAAAGCCUGUGGGUUGGUUCCAUUUCUAGUACCAAGUAAGCCAGCUUCUCUGGACUCCUGUAAUAAGCACUAACGAGGUGGAGGCAUCCAGAUCUGAAGUUAAGGGUUGUCUCUGGCAAUGUAUGAGGUUUGAGGCCAGCCCAGGCUACUUGAGACGCUUGUCUCCAAAAGAAAAAAGGCACUGGGGAUGAAGUAGUGAUGCUGUGGGUCUCUGUUGCACUAUGUAAAUUCAGGAUAGCCAUGCUUUUCAGCAGUUAUGACCAAUAAUGUGUGAGGUAGUGUUUAAGUAAUGCAAACAUGCUAUAAACGUCUACCUCAGAUUUUAUGUAUUGCACUAAUUAGGGAGAUGUUCUUGUCCAUUUUAAUAUCGUUUUCAUCCCUGAUAGUCAGCAUUUUAUAAUUAUCGUUUGUAUAGUGACCUUUAAGCCUGGCUGGGUGGCAGUAUGAGCAGCUAACCUCAUGAAGAUGUGUGCUGCCCUUAGCCUCUGAUCUCAUAGGUUCUUGUUAAACACAAGAGCUUAAGAAAGAAGGCAACUUUUCAACUACAAACUAUUUUUAGAGUAAGCCAUCUAAAGGCUAUCAUUUUCUGAGUUAAGUGAUCUUUGUGUUCUCUGCUGAUACAUAGCGAUAGGAUUUGAUUCUCACAACAGUGCGGGACUGCUUGAGUUGUGACAGGGUCCUUGAGGUGUCCGCAAUGUCAUGGAGCUCCCUGAUUGAGGAGAGAAGGAUCUGGGCAGUUGGUUACCUGCUUGGACCCUCUGGGGUGCUAGAGUUCCUGAUGGGAGAUUGAACCUUAGAAUUCUGUUGCCUUGCCCUUAAUUUAAAAAACAAAACUAAGGAAUUUGAGACAACUUAGUUUUAAUGAAGUCACUAUCUUUAUGAAGAUAUACACUUUCAAAAUUAUGUUUUCUUUUAUUGCUUAAAAUAUAUUAUCUAAAUGUGAGUGACCUACUAAGGUUCUAAAUUCUUUAUAGCUUAUGCAGUGAAAUGCUACCUGACCGUUCUGGGUUCACAGAUUGGUGGAGCCCACACUUGGUAGAGCCAGUGCCUCACUAAGAGCACAUUAGUAGGAAUACAUCUGUACUUAAUUUACAAGUCAGUCGGUAAGCAUAGAUCUUACCGACACAUAGUAAGAAUCUCUUCCUUAAAAGAUGCCUAUAUACCUAAAUUUUAUAGUACAAAGAAAAAGUUAAUGCCUGAGAUGUAUCCAGUACAAAUUUCUUCAUCUGCAGCUUAUUUCCUCACCAUCUGGGGAAAGCAUUGAGGUUAUAUAAAGCCUUGGAGUUCAGUGAUAGGCCGAUAGGCUGGUUAAAGAGUAAGCUGUAGAACUUGGAGUUUCCUGCACACUUGCUCAUAACUACCUUGCAAAUGCUCAGGCUUGACUCUUUUCCAUCAACAUGAAUGUUAGCAAGAUAUUAGCCAUUUAUGAAGGUUCUUUAGUUGUACAAAACAGUUUGUGGAGAUGUACAGACAGCAAGCAAGCACAGCCAGCCCAUACCUUUUUAUGUAAUGAGUAAGACUACUCAACAUAGUCCAUGUAUGAUUUGCUGGGCUAAAGUGUACUGUGCGAGAGAAGACUUGAAGAGCAUGCUGUUUUGAAAUGGGUCAUUCUUAGGACGUAUAAUGAGGUAGCUACGAGGAAAGUUGAUGACUUAGACCUUGUACUCCCAAGGAGAAGAUUUGUAUUUUCUCUGUUUAUAGAGAAUAAAGGAAGAGUGGGUAAAGGUUUUAUAUUAAGUGGUAUCUCCUAAAAUUAAAAAAAGGAACAGGUUUUGAAGGAGCAAAGGAAAUAGAAAAUGUUACCAUAAAAUUAGUAGGGGAAUUUAUCCGAAAGGGUGAAGGGGAUCUUUGGAAAUUCGUUCUCUGUCAUUCUUUCAGUUCAGACGAAUUGUGGUACUUUGGUUUGUUAUGAACUUUAGUACUAUUGUGGAAUAAUUAAUAAAUAACUCUUCAGAGACA